ACUAUCGCAAUUGGAACCCCAGCGCAGACGUUUAAAAUACUUAUCGAUAUUGGUUCAUCAGAUCUCUGGGUACCAUCCAAAGACUGCAACGUUAGCUACCCUGCUUGCUGUUGCUGGCCUUAAAGGUUGUAUUCCAAACAUGCGGAGAAACGACGGACUAUUUGGCAAGAUCCCUCUCCAAUACAAAAUUCGACGGUGUCUUGGGGCGAUGGGUUACCUCUCGUUAACUGGUUUUCGAAAGAUUCUUGGCUUUAACAACCUACCUGUCUUUAACAACCUACUCGAACAACACAAGGAGUUCCGACACGUUUUUAGUUUUUAUCUAAAUCGGUAUGUAUCUCUCCGUAUGUCUCACGUGUGUUUAAAACUAUUUUUUUAAUUAUAUACUUUGUCUUUUCAUGCAAUGCAAAAUGCAAAUGUACAAUACAAAAUUACACAACCUGUACGGAGAUUUUUCGUCCGCGAUGGGUGGUGAACUGAUACUAGGUGGUUCCAAUCCCGUUCAUUACGAGGAUUCGGCAAUGUGUGCAUGUACAUUUGCAUGUGCGAGUGUGUGUAUACGUGUGUAUACAUAUAUACACGUCGUAAGGGUGAAACAGUCCAUCUGGGCAUGCGCCAGGUUUCCUCUCCCUUCAGAUACUAUGAGCGGUGGUGUCUACGGCGGUGACGAGGUAGGUGCUAUCAUCUUCGACGUCGGACACCAGAGCCUCCGCGUGGGAUAUGGCGACGAGGACACGCCGAAGGCCGAGAUCCCGACGACUCUCGGGGUGUGGGAGGAACCCGCCGACCCCGGCGGAAUCGACUGUAACAAUAUCACCAGAAAACACUACAACAUCGACGUCACGGCUAUCCAAGUGCGAAAGAAGG